AUGUGUAUGUGACACAGCUUGGGUGCCGGACUCUCCCUUUGUACGCGCAGCUGGUGCGAAAAAUAUGUUGUGCUAUUUCACAAACUGGAGUGUCUACCGUCCUGGAAUAGAUUGGUUUUCGCCGGACAAUAUCGACCCUUUGCUGUGCACUCACAUCAUCUAUGCGUUUGCCAACAUAGACUAUAUGGCUUUAACCAUUAAGCCGUCUGAUGCAUUUGCUGACUUGGACACCAACGGGGGGAAGGGCUUUUUUUCUAAGAUAACUACCAUGGCAAGGAAUCAUGGACACUUGAAGGCCCUUUUGGCCAUAGGAGGUUGGAAUGCCGGAUCUCACCCCUUUCUUCAGAUUACAGAGUCUCAGCAGAAGAUUGACAUAUUUGCUGAAAACGCAGCCAGUUUUUUAAUACUCCACGGUUUUGAUGGUUUAGACUUGGAUUGGGAAUAUCCUGCGAAUGCAAAGGACAAAUUUAAUCGUUUGUGCAGGACACUGCGUCAAAAAUUCGACCAAUAUCACCCCCGACUGUUGUUGACUGCUGCUGUUAGUGCUGGCAAGGGUAAUAUUAUGGGUGCUUACGACGUACCUGAAAUAUCGAAGCACCUUGACUUGAUAAGCAUAAUGACGUAUGAUUUUCACGGGAGCUGGGAGUCCACCGCCGGCCAUAAUAGUCCGCUGUACGCUAGAGCAUCUGAACCUUGGUGGAAGCAAACCGAGUUGAAUGUGGAUGCUGCCGUUCAGUAUUGGAUCCAACUAGGAGCCCCAAGACACAAACUAGUCAUGGGAAUGCCGACUUAUGGAAGAUCCUUCACUCUGAAAGAUAGCGUGGAGAACCGCAUGGGGGCGCCAGUAUCCGGGGCUGGCAUCGGCUAUAACUGGGAACAAGGAAUUCAGCCAUACCACGAGAUUUGUAGGAAGAUUUACCCUUAUGGUAGUUAUGAUGCAUUUUGGCACACUGAACACAAGGUUCCAUAUGCAUUUUCCUCUCUUGACUGGAUUGGGUAUGAUGACGCUCAGAGUAUCGCACUGAAGACCAAAUACGUAUUGGACAAUGGUUUAGCCGGCGCUAUGAUAUGGGCCCUGGACAUGGAUGAUUUUACUGGUCAAAAAUGCCCUACAUUCACUAAAUACCCUCUUCUACGGACCAUCAACGCUGUAUUGGCGAACCCUUUCCACGCUGAUCAACUUCAGAUCCCUCAUCCCUUUGUUUCUGGAGGUUAUGAGGAUGGUAGCGGUGGGUCCAGUGGUGGUGGCAGCGGUGGGUCCAGCGGUGGUGACAGCGGUGGGUCUAGCGGUGGUGACAGCGGUGGGUCUAGCGGUGGUGACAGCGGUGGUAGCAGCGGCGGAACCAGUAAUGGAGAAUGGUGUUCUACUACAUAUUUGGAGUCUUGUCCUGCAGGUCGGAGUUAG